UAAUAAUUAUUUAGUUCAUUACCAGUCACGGUCGCGUGCGCAAUGGAGAUCGCCGUGUUGUUAUUAUUUAUUGCAUCUGUGAAUUGUGCCAUAGAUUUUAGUGAGAGACCGAGGAAUUUCAGCAUAGAACUGCUAUAUCAUACUGGACAACAGACUGGAGGUCAUGUCGUGAUUUCUCCAUUCGGAAUUUGGACCCUGAUGACUGGAGUGGCCCUGGGAGCAACUGAAAACAGCUACAAUCAACUCGCCACAGCGUUCAUCCUACCCAAAAACAAAGCUAACCUUAUCAACGGUUACAAGAAACUAACAGAUGUUGUUCUGAACCCUAAUACAAAUGGAGUACAACUUUCCAGCAAAAAUUUCGUGUUUCUAGACGAGAAUUUCAACGUGUUCCCGGAUUUCAGAUCAACAGUGCAAAAUGACUUCGGCGCUGCGGUGAAAGUUUUGAAUUUUAAAGAUCCCAAUUCUGCUAACGCCGCCAACUCUUACAUAGAAACGUCAGGCGGAAGGGUCACGAACGUAUUGAGGUCAGACGACUUUAGAGAAUCAAGAAUGAUCCUGACUAAUGUGAUAUCUUUCAAAGGACUCUGGUCUUCUCCAUUCAACAAAACGGAUACUUCUGUCGAGCCAUUUUAUAACGAGGAAAAAACUGUUAUUGGAUCCGUUAACAUGAUGUAUCAAAAAGGACAGUUCCCAUAUUCAAACGUAAGAGAGUUACAAUCUUUUGUUCUUGAACUUCCAUAUGGAAAUGAUGGUAAAUACUCAAUGAUAUUCAUUUUACCGUAUCCUAACAAGAAAGUGUCUGAAGUGUACAGGAAUUUCGCCAAUUUUGGUCUCAAAGAUGUUUUCAAUACUCUUCAGAAAGACGUAGACGAUUAUGGUUUAGAAGACAUAGAUGUGAAAAUCCCUAGAUUCCAUAUUACAACCAAUGUGGUGAUGAACAAACCGUUGAACGAUAUGGGCGUCUAUGACAUAUUUGAGCCGAAUUUGGCUAAGUUCGAAAGGGUGACAAAAGAAGAGAUAUUUGUCUCGGCUAUUGUCCAUAAAGCUGAUAUAGAAGUGACAGAGACAGGCACUGUAGCAUCUGCUUCUACUUCAGCCUACUUCGCUGACAGGAUAUCUUCACCGAGUUUCUAUGCUAACAGACCAUUUGUUUACUUUGUUAUAGAGAAAUCUACUACCACAGUGUUAUUCAGUGGUAUUUAUUCAAAGCCUACAGUAUAUUAAAUUCGAGAAUUUUAAGAAGGGUGCUGUAAUAUUUCCGUGUUAUGCCAUUUUUUGCGUUUAAAGAAUUUUUGGCCGAAGCGGCUAUUGUUUCGAAGACUGAGUUAUCAAAUUAGUGUUCCAGUCAUAAUAAUUAACUUUAAGACGUAUUUAACUGCCUAAUUAAAUUAUUAUUA